AUGGUAGUGAAGAGUAAAGUGGUGUCCAAGCAUAUGGAAGAUCUCACGAAUAUCUUCGGAAUACUGAGAAAACAUAAGUUACACCUCAAUGCUUCAAAGUGUUCCUUUGGUGUGGGCUCCGGGAGGUUCUUGGGAUACAUGGUGACUCAUAGAGGGAUUGAAGUGAACCCAGAUCAUAUUAAGGCCAUCAACGAUUUACAAGCACCUCAGAAUCCAAAAGAAGUGCAGAAACUGACUGGAAUGACAGCUGCUUUGAACCGAUUUAUCUCUAGAUCAGCCGAGAGGUGUCGUCCCCUUUUCCGUCUACUGCAUAAGUGGCAAGGAUUUGAAUGGACCAAGGAGUGUGCUGUGGCGUUCCAACAGUUGAAGGAGUACCUGUCCAGGCCACCUAUCAUGUCCAGUCCUGAGGUGGAUGAGGUAUUGUUUGCUUAUCUGGCAGUUGCUCCCCAUGCAGUUAGUUUUGUCUUAAUACGAGAGGAUAGUGGCAUCCAAAGAUCGGUUUACUACUUAAGCAAGUCCCUUCAUGAGGCCGAGUUACCUUUUAAGUCCAUACUAAGAAGUGCAGACUACACUAGAAGAAUUGCUAAGUGGGGUACAAUUCUAGGUGCUUUCGAUAUCAAAUAUAUGCCUCGCACCUCUAUGGAAGGCCAGGUCCUUGCCGAUCUGGUAGCUGAGUUCGCCGAGUGCCCAGAAGAAGUUAAUAUGAAGCAAGACAACAUGGAUGAAAAGUCGGUUGGUCUAAUAUCCACACAAGGCGGAUCCUCCUGGAGGAAAAUGGGCGGGAAGAUAGCAGAAUUAUUCUCGGAUUCAAGAUUGGUAGUCAGCCAAGUGAAAGGAGAGCUGGAGGCCCGAGAUCCAAGAAUGCAAGGGUAUUUGAGCCAAGUUAGGCGUAUGCAAACGAAGUUUGAGUCUUUCGACUUGGCGCAUAUUCCCCGAGGUGAAAAUACUCACGUCGAUUCCUUAGCGACCCUUGCCACUUCCUCGGUACGAAAUUUUCCUCGGCUGAUUAUCGUUGAAGAUUUGCAUACCCCCACCUCACCAGAAAAUGGCGUUUGCCAGGUUUAUCAAGCCAAUCUAGCGCCGAGCUGGAUGGAUCCCAUAUUGAAAUUCCUUGAAAGUGACAUCUUGCCCGAAGAGAAAGUACAAGUUGAGAAAAUACGGAGGAAAGCUCCUUGA